AUGGAUAGAAAGAGAACAUCUGAGGCGUUCUUGGCCGCCUCUGCCCAUUGGAACAAGAAACAAAAACUUCAACAUGAAACAGGUAGUAUUGUGCAGCACAAUCUGCCAAAUGAGUCAAAGACACUACAACAAAAAGAUACUCAAAGCUAUGCAUCGCCCAUUCAACUACUCUAUAACCCUAGCUAUUCAGAAAAUAAACUUGUUGAAGUGAACAAGGAUACAGUUAGAGUCGCGGAUUUGAUAGGGUCAGCAGAUUUGCAAGAGACAUUUCAGUUUAAUUUCUCUGUCGAUUUGCCAUUCUUUUUGACAUUCUUGCACUCUAGCUUCCUUACGCGGAAACAAAAUGGAAACAAACAAAAGAAGAUAAUGUUUAUCACGGGUAGUCGUUUGUUAGACCCCGAUUAUGAAGAGACUGAGAGCAUUACAAGCAAUUAUAAUAUCUGCGAAGUGGUUGCUGAUAUACCCACUCGGUUUGGUACACAUCACACAAAAAUGAUGAUAAAUUUCUUUGAAGAUCUGUCCGUGGAAAUUGUCAUCUCGUCGAGUAACAUUACUAGACUAGAUUUUGGCGGUCUAACUCAAAUGGUGUGGCGAUCGGGUCGUCUUCCUCAAAGCGGCGAAACUAUAGGCGAGAAAGGCAUUCAAUUCAAGAAGGAUUUAAUUGGAUACUUGAACAAAUACAAAAAAGUUCCAGUCGAUAAACUCGCUACAAGGCUAAACCUGUACAAUUUCCUGAGCGUGGAUGUUGAACUUAUUGCAUCGGCACCGGGAAAGUAUAAUUUGCAAAAAGACUCUUCUUUAUAUGGCCAUGGAAGUUUGUACAAGGCAUUAGAAAGGAAUAAUUUACUAUUGAACAAUAAAAAUGUGGAACAUAAUGAGAUCGAUAAUGACAAGCAUAAUAAAAAAAAACAUUUUAACGUGUUGGCGCAAGUCUCUGCAAUUUCGUACCCAUUUUCUACUGAGAAAUGGGCGACAGCAGGCAUCUUCACUCAUCUUUUAUGUCCUUUAAUUUUUUCCAAGGAUGAGAAAUUUCGAUUACUAGCUCCAGGCAAAGAAAGUAUCAAAAGACACCAAAAAGAACACAAUUACACGCCGCAUAUAAUAUUCCCAACUGUUGAUGAAGUUGCUUCUAGUACAAUUGGAUACGUUGCAGGAAGCGCAAUACAUUUUGAUUAUACAAGGUCUUUUGUACAUAAAAACUACUUCACCCAAGCAAUUAAGCCAUAUUUGAGCAAGUGGGAUUCGAGCGAUACAAAAGAGGUGACUGGUCGAGAAAGAGUUAUGCCGCACGUCAAGCUAUACAUGUGCGAUAAUGCCGAUAAUUGGAAGACCAUUAAAUGGUGCUAUAUGGGUAGCCACAACCUUUCCAAGCAGGCUUGGGGAAGCAAGAAAGGAAACAAAUUUGUUAAUGACCACUCGGAUGAGUAUGAAGUUAGCAGUUAUGAAUUAGGUGUAUUAUUCACUCCAAAAGAAGGGACAACGAUGGUGCCAUCUUAUAAAGAGAAUAAGUCCUCUAUUCGUGGUGACCACACUUUUGUGAGAAUGCCUUUCCAGUUGCCGCCAGCUCUAUAUUCACUGCUGGAUAUGCCAUGGAGUGGACAUGUGAGUUAUGGCGACAAGUUAGACCUGAUGGGUUCUACCUACAAAAAAAAAAUAGGCAAGUAA